AUGCUCCCUAAUAACGAAUGCCAGUUCGAUCCAAGUGGCAAAGAUGGCACAUUGCACCUCACCACGCAAGCCGGGUUCGUGACCCCGCAAUACCUGCAAGCAUGCUCCGUAAAGUCUCCAUUAUCAUACUCGAAGACCUCGUCCUCACCGCCAGUGUCUUCGAAGUUCAGGCCGCCCAUCCCUGCUGCUAGUGCCUCCACGACCCCGUGGCGCGGUCACGGUGUUUGGCGGAGGACUGUGAAGCUUCAGAGGAGGAAGGAAGAACCUCGGUGGCCGAAAUUGAAUCGGAGGGCGUGGGCCAGACGGAGGGUAAUCGAAGUCCUCCUCGCCCUGAGUGUUGAAUUCAAGAAACGCGUACGCGUCGUUCCCGGUGUCCGGCUGCGACGCCGUCUCGUAGAGAUUGCUCGCCUGCGAAUCCAUGCAGGCUUUCUUCAGCCCCUAAUGCAAUUAUGCAAAAUGCCGAAAGCAGAGAUCACUGAAUUGGAGAAAAUCGCUGGUGAAUUGGAGAGAAUUAGGGCUAGGGUUUGGUUUGGUGAGGGGAAAAGGGGUUAG